GUCAGAGUCGCCAUGGCGAGCUAUCCGUACGGGCAGGGCUGCCCAGGAGCCGCAGGACAAGCGCCCGGAGCCCCUCCGGGUAGCUACUACCCUGAACCCACACAUGGCGGAGGACAGUAUAGCAGUGGGCUCCCCUCCGGAGGUGGUUAUGGGGGUCCUGCCCCUGGAGGACCUUAUGGACCACCAGCUGGGGGAGGGCCCUAUGGGGGCAUCCCCCCUGGAACUCCAGGAGGACCGUAUGGUGGUGCAGCCCCAGGAAGUCCCUAUGGUCCACCACCUCCAAGUGCCUAUGGUGCCCAGCAGCCCAGGCCUUAUGGACAGGGUGGCGCCCCUCCCGGUGUAGAUCCUGAGGCCUACUCCUGGUUCCAGUCGGUGGACUCUGAUCACAGUGGUUACAUUUCCAUCAAGGAGCUAAAGCAGGCUCUGGUCAACUCCAACUGGUCUUCGUUCAAUGAUGAGACGUGCCUCAUGAUGAUAAACAUGUUUGACAAGACCAAGUCAGGCCGCAUCGACGUCUACGGGUUCUCAGCCCUGUGGAAGUUCAUCCAGCAGUGGAAGAACCUCUUCCAGCAGUAUGACCGGGACCAUUCGGGCUCCAUCAGCUACACGGAGCUGCAGCAAGCUCUGUCCCAGAUGGGCUACAACCUGAGCCCCCAGUUCACCCAGCUUCUGGUCUCCCACUACUGCCCACAUUCUGCCAGUCCCGCCAUGCAGCUCGACCGCUUCAUCCAGGUGUGCACUCAGCUGCAGGUGCUGACCAAGGCCUUCCGGGAGAAGGACACCGCCGUACAGGGCAACAUUCGGCUCAGCUUUGAGGACUUCGUUACCAUGACAGCCUCUCGGAUGCUAUGACCCAGCCCACCUGUGGUGUGGAGUGUGCCAGGGGCCUCUCCCAGCUCCCUAGAGUGGGAGAAGCAUGUGGGCCUCUCUUCUUUUCCUGCCUCUCCUAGAAAAAGAUUCUCCUUUGCUUGACACAGCCCUCAGAGGGGUACGAGUCUUGUGUCACAGCCACCAAAUAGUGGGGACCUAGGUUGAGGCCACAUAGAUGGGGGACCUGACAUAGGAGAGAAUGAGGUUGGAAAUCUUGACAACCCUGAGCA